AUCUAUGUAUGCCCCCAUCUCUGUCUUUUAGGUGGCUUCAAUGCAAUCACUGGCACUGGCAAGUACAAAGAGGCAUUCUGCUAUUGGUAUAAUCAUUCUGGUAUCACACAGAGUCAUACGUGUUUACAACGAGUCUCUUCGCCUGUGUGACUGUAUUUUUGACAGGGCGCUUUAUGAUAUUGUGUGGUGAUCCUCGACGAUAUACUUGACUGUGGGAUCUCCACAUUGCACCACCAGGGAAAGUAUCAGCGUCGGAAACCAUCGGAGAGGACCGCUGUGCGACGGUCAUUUUUGUACCAUAUCAUUGUCGAUGGUAAGCGUGAUGAAUACGUAGCUCGUUACAAUAACCAACUCAACGCUGUGAUCUGGGAUCAAAAUACCGUUUGAAAUGUUCCGAGGUCACUACACUUCCAAACAUAUCGUCCAACACCAAAGAAGAAUAUUCACCGUGAUUGUCCUAUAGUAGACUUUGUCAACGGUAAUACUAAGAACAUCGACAAUCGAUAUGGUGUGGUCAUUGUCUUCUACUGUAACAGUUUUAGUCUUCGCCACCCUGAUGACGACAUCACUACAUUCCAGUUACGCUAUACAAUGGCUUGCAUUGGCUGGUCAUGAACCUAAACUGUACUGGAAUCAAACAUCGUCAUGUAGACGGGCGAAAGCCGGAAUGGUCUCGGCACAGAAAAAAAUAUGUCGACAAGAAUUAGACUCUAUGGAAGGUAUCGUGGAGGCGGCGGAGCUAACGAAACAAACGUGCGUGAAACAGUUUGCCGACCGAAGAUGGAAUUGCUCUAGUAUCAACACAGCGCCCGAUUUCACACCGGAUCUUGAUAAAGGUACGCGAGAAGCCGCCUUCGCAUACGCACUGGCAGCGGCAGCAAUAUCAUACUCCAUGGCAAUUGAAUGUAGUUCCGGUGCCAUCAGUAAGUGCGGAUGUGGACGUACGCCACCAGAAGAGGCGGACGCCGAUUUUCAUUGGGGAGGGUGCAGCGAUAAUGUGGGAUAUGGUAUGUCAUUCAGUGCACGUUUUGCCGAUGCACCACUGCGAACAAAAAGAAAGAGAAAUCAACCAGAAUCAUUAAUGGGACUUCAUAAUAACCAAGCAGGACUUUUGACAGUUCAAGAGAACAUGAAGAGGAAAUGCAAGUGUCAUGGCGUGUCUGGUUCGUGCAAUGUCAAGACAUGCUGGCAGUCACUGCCAGAAAUGGAAGAAAUAGGAUCAAAACUAAAAAGGAAGUAUGCAGGUGCGACCGAAGUUGUCAGUGAAAAAGUUGGCAACAGAUAUAAUUUAGUACCCGUUGAUACGAACUUGAAAAAAUUCACCGAACAAGACCUAAUUUACCUCACGAAUUCACCCGACUACUGCCGACAAAAUGAAAAAACUGGAUCACUGGGAACGGUGGGAAGGUUUUGUAACAAGACGUCAAUUGGAAACGAUGGGUGUGAUUUAAUGUGCUGCGGACGAGGAUACAAAAGCAUGGUGAUAACAAUAGUAGAACAGUGCCAGUGUCGAUACCAUUGGUGUUGCUACGUCAAAUGCAAAGAAUGUUCGCGGACAGCCGAAGUACAAGUGUGUAAAUAAAGCAUGCGGUUUAUUGAAUGAGCGCCAUCAAACUGCGAAAGACACAUAUACUCUAGAUCUUUCCGUUGAGGGCGUAUUCGGACUCUAGGUGUUGAACAUUUUGUUGUUGUUAAGCGUCCUCAAAGAUUGUUUCAAAAGUCAAAAUGGAGCUAUUAUAUUUAAGAAUAUAAUUUAUGUAUUUUGUUUAUAUCAAGUAAUGAAUAUAUUACUGUUUUAAUAUAUGUUAAUUUAGCAUGUAAAUGUAUCCCGCCGAUUGCUAAAUAACUGUUAGGACGGCCUCAAGUUACAGCACUACAGUCGUUGCGCCGUGUCGUGUUCGAUACAGGACUUUUAGCGACGUACGCAACGCGUGUAAAAUACAUUGUUUACAUGAAAUUUGAACAUGCGCUGUGCGACGAAUGUAGCGCUUUAAAGCGGGUGGUCACCUUCUCAUGCGCGGGAAUUGGGUCCCAAGCGGCAAAACAACACACGCUAAAACGCAAAGGCUCAUGGGUAACCGCUUGUUUGUAAACAAUGAGACGCUAUGACCAUUUGACGCAUGCGCAGAUGACGACUCCUCCGCUUAAAGAGCUGUUUUUAUCGCCAUGACCGACUGACCUCCAUUGUCUCGAAUGAGUAUUGGUAUGAAUUCAAUUUCCCGAACUCUAAGUUUUAUUAGAGUUGCUGACAUAAGUUUCACAGUACUAAUUACUAAUUACAGCCGCCUCAUGGGUAUUGAAUUUCAAACUAAUAAUAUAAAAGUCAUUAUUGAAAACUGCACCUUCUAUAUUUAAAUAUAUUAGAGAGAAAUCACUAAAUUGUUUCUACAACUCAUCCAUUCUGUGAAAUGCUUCCGUAUUGACAUUUCAAGUAGACACACACCAUUUUGUCCAUUGUAGUACGUAGUUAGUCGUGAUAUGAUCACUAAACUAGUACACCAUCUCGGGAUUUUACAUACACAUGUUAGAACCACUCUGACGUAAUCGAUUGGUCUAAACAACUCGACUCGACGUAAUCGUACUAUACAUUACGUGCGCAAAAAGUUUAACUAUCUUAUCCUAUUUUAUGAACGUACAUACCGCCGAUCUAGUACAACGUGCAUUUUCAUUGUAACUAGUGUCAGGUAAAUUUCAUUCUUGUAUAUACGACGAACCCACCGAUGAUUGUAAUUUGACUGCCGCCAAUAUAUAGUUUUUUCUACAUACUUGAAUAUAGCCCACCAAGAUGUGAGGAAAUACACUGCGAUUUAUCAGUUAUAUUCUUAGUAUUAAAUCAUUAUUUAAAGAAA